CUUUUUUUCUUAAAAUGACAUUGCAAUCUCACUGUCUGUUGACUUCCAUCAUAAAGAGACCUAUUUUGGUUCAUAAUAUUUCCCAAAUAAAGCAUGCAGUGAAGCCUCUGCACGUUAAUUUUGGAUUAUCCAAGACAUCCUCUAUCAGGUUAACAAGACUCGAUACCUUUGUACCCCUUCAGCGUACAUUUAUUUCAAUUAAGCAUAAUUAUAAUUUACGUAGAGAGGAAGAGAAAAGGAAAGAAAAAAAGCUUACAUUUCCUACAGGCAUAAAAAAAGAGCUUCGAGAGAACAUUUACACCAUUCCCAAUUUGUUAACGUUUGGCAGGUUGUUAGCAGCACCCUAUAUUGGUUAUUUAAUACUCGAACGCGAUUAUAAUAUGGCCUUGGGAUUGUUUGCCCUGGCAGGGUUCACCGAUAUGCUGGAUGGUUAUAUUGCUAGGAAAUACAACAUGCGGACGCUUUUAGGGACCAUUAUUGAUCCAGCAGCUGAUAAAGCACUCAUGACGGUGAUGACAGUGACAUUGACUAUGGAAGGAGUUAUACCAUUGCCACUUGCAACGGUUAUACUAGGAAGAGACCUUGGAUUGGUGAUAUCAGCAUUUUACUAUAGAUACAUCUCUUUGCCUGAGCCAAAAACAAUUGCACGUUAUUUUGAUGGAUCUAUUCCUUCAGCAGAAGUGAAACCAACACAAAUUAGUAAAGUCAAUACAGCACUACAGUUACUUUUAAUGGGAUGUUCUUUGACUACUGUAACAGUGAAUAUACCUUCAGCUGAAGCAAUGACUGCAUUACAAUGGAUCGUUGGAGGCACGACUAUCUGGUCAGGGGCAAGCUAUCUAUUCUCAAAAGAUGCUGUUCGAAUACUGAAAAAAUAGAAGAA